AGACUGCGACGUCUGCACGCAUGCGCAUCAUGAUCCUUUACCAAAUGGAGGCUGUUUGAAAUGUUUACUGUGUCAAGUUGAAAACAUGCAAUGAUAUUGCAUUUUUACUAAUUCCCAGGGAGGUUCUGUGUAGAGAGCGGUCACAAUGGACAAGGAAACAGAAAGAUCUCCAUCCCCAACAGGAAAACUGUCUCCUGAAAUGGACCGAAACCCAUCACCACCACCACGAGACUCAGCUGAUGGAGAGGAGGGAGAUGGUGAAGAUUUGGAUGCCAUUGGGGAAACAGUUUAUAGCAAGCACUGGCUUUUCAGUACCCUGACGCGUCUCAUCAAUAUGGUCACAGAGCAUCUGGAGGGGGGCUCUGAAGGUGAGAUGCAGCUCCCUGAUGAUGAUGAGGAAGAUCUGUGUCGAGUCUGGGAUAUGGCCAUGGAUAAGGAUGUGGCUGGUUUUCUGCAGGAAUUCAAAGCUACAGACAUCCUCCUGGGAGUGAUUGCCAAAUCUCGCUGUCCACGUCUCACAGAAAUUUGUGUAGGGAUCCUUGGGAAUAUUGCCUGCUUUCCUGAAACUUGUCUGACCCUCAGCCAAAAUGAAGACCUAGGGGCUGUGCUGUUGCUUCUUCUUGGAGAUACAGAUCCUCCUACCAUACUGGAAACAAGCAGGUUACUGCUGACCUGUGUGUCUCAGAAAGAUGUCUGUUCCCUGUGGCUUCAGCGAAUACGACAGCAGACGUCUGUGUUUUCCAACCUCUGCUUUAUCAUGUGCAGCUCCACCAACACUGACCUGCUUGAGAAGGUUGGAGAGCUGAUUGACAAACUCUUUGACCUUGACGAAGAACUGAUGAAGAGUUGGAUCACCGCCCAACACAGUGAGGAGAAAGAGGAGGAGGAUGGUGGUGAAAAACGUCUGGAUAUGCCUUCAUGUCUCCUUGAGGCAGCCAAGCAGCUCAGAUCAGACAGUCCGACUGGCUUAGAGGUUUACCUUCAUGCCUUCCAACUCCUCACCACCAUAGACGAGGAUGUUCAGACUUUUGCUGCUCCUGACGGACCUGGGAAAGCAGUGUGGGAUUUUGUCAGUGACGUUGUAUGUGAGGACCUCUGCCAGCCAGAUGAUCUGCCAGUCGUCUUGCAUGAGCAGAAGAGUGUUUUGGUUCAGGCGUUUGCUGUACUGCAGGCACUUUACGGAUGCCAGGAUCAGUGGCGCAACAGAAGUGAUGCAAGUCUUCCCCUUAUUGGAACAGUUCUGCGGGUUCUUCAGUACCACAGUGAGAGCAAAACUAAUGACACCAAUACAGAAGACACAAAAGAUGAACAGCUCCAGACUCUGGUAGAGAUCACAACUGAGUUUCUAGCUGACAUCUGCACACAGAUUCCAAAGGAAACUGUUGCAGAUUUGAUAAAGGAAGGUUAUCUUACAGAGAAGACUUCUCUCACAGCUGCACAUAGUUUGGUUCCCAACUACAAGGCUGCACAAAAACAACAACAACAACAACAGUGCUUUCCAACCUGCAGUUCUUACUACAGGUGUGUCUGAUGGUCAAGAUAGACCGGGACAAAAUCAGGUCAACCCUGACAUUUUCAGCACCUGCAGUCCAUGCUGUCAGAGACUGAUCCCCGACUGGCAGACAUAGUGAGGAAACAGCUUCCUGUGUGAGGUACUCGACGAGUGUUCACCUCUCAUCCAGAGGCUCACCUCGGCUUUUUAUAGUCACGGUUAUUUCCCUUUCAAGGAUCGUGCCUCAAGUCAUGCUGUUUGGAUUUCCAUCGGAAAGACUCAACAAGGAUGUCACACAAUUACAAACUGUAGAUGAUGCGACAAAGGCUAGAUAUUUUUCUUUGUUAUGUGAAUGUUAUUUUUGUAUUAAAUGAUUUGACUUUUAUAAAA